AUGGCUAUGCGCUAUCUGAAUAGCAGUACUAUGUUGAUCCCUGGGGCGGAGACCAAGAUCGAUAAUCACUUGGUGCCGGACUUCCGGGAGAUUGCAACCAGCGGAAAGAAGUCGGGAGAUGGCCGUGGCAUGGCUAUGAAGCGGAAAAAAGAUUGUAGGGCCUGGGCACCAGCGUUGCUGAGCUGA